CCUCCCCUCAGCGGCCUUCCACCACUUCCCCUCAGUUGGACUCUGGCGGUGGUUUAGCUUGGUCACGCGCUGCCUUUCCCCUCCCGGCCUGGCGUGGGAGUGUCCAGAGUUUGUUUGGUCUUUUGUCCUUUGGUUUCAGAGCAAGAAGAGGAGGAGGUGGGCGUGUCCUGCAGCCGGUGACGUCAUGUGCUCGGAGGCGCGGCCGGAGCCCCACCGGCCGAAAAUAGAGCUGGUGCGAGUCUCGAGCUCCGAACGGGCCAAGAUCCCAGUCAACCCAGUGCAGCUGAACCUCGUCUACCGCCACGUCAGGAGCGCUACCUACGCCAGGCCAGGCACCAAGCCCCUCUCCCCCCCUGAUGCCGCUCCCUACCACCAUUACCACUACCACCACCACCACCACUAUCACCACUACCACCACCACCCCUCCAACACCACCACCACUACCACCACUUCCACUACCACUACCACCAGACGGCCACGAUGGUUAUGGGCUCCCUGGCGCUCCCACUCGUCCACAGGUCCCCUCUCAUGCACCAAGUCCUGCGACGACCUGAACCGUGUGAGCGGCGCUGCCCACUCCGCCGCCAGCAGGUCUGAGGGGUGCCUGCUGACGCUACUGCUCACCCCUCGCUCGGGCGCCUCCCCGCACAGUGGUGCCAAGUACCGGCUGUGGCGAGGUUUCAGCCGCAGCUCGAGGGACGUGAGUGUGCUGCCGACGCCCAACCCGCCCCGCACCGCCGUCAGCCUUACACUCAUGGACAGGCUUACACCCAGGCCGGCGCGCCCCGUGCGCCACAAGGCCAGCACCUUACCCUACUCCGCCGCCUCGGGCCCGCAGCCUGCAGCGCGGCGCCAGCGGGGCCUCGUGGCUCUCCUGCGGAGGCUCAGUCCCAGAAUCAAGCGGUCGCCGUCCCCAGAGCGGCCGUGGGUGACGGUGGAACCUCGCCCGCCAGACCGCAGCUCCAUCGCCUCUGACCACAGUUUCGAGGCGGCGCUGCAGAGCCGCUGCCCUGACCUGCUGGCGCCGCCCAGAGCCACGCCCGCCCACACAACCAACGAAACAGCAGGGAAGGGCGGGGAGGGAGGAAGGAGCAGCAGGAGUGGGUUGAGCAGCCUGCUCACUUCACUGAAGUCCACCAGGUCUCCCCGCCACGAGAAGCACGCCUCCCACGAUUCGACGGGCAAGACGCGUCACGACCAGCGGCGCCCCAGGCACAGCGUCAGGCCCCCGACGGCAACGGCGCCUCCCGAGCAGCGCGUGGCCGAGGGGGAUGCGGUGUCUCAUCCCGCCGCCGCCGAGCCUCCCGUGCCCGCCACCCUGGUGCCCACCCUGCAGCUCAUACAUUCCCAGGUUGACUCUCGUGCAGCGACAGACCUGAGCACCACCCUCUCCUCUCUCCAAAUCAGCACCCGGCCCACAGUCACAGUCCAGCGACCUCACACACUUAACUUGCCCACUCGUGCCCACACCAGAGUGGGGUGGACGGCUGAUCCUGGGCUGCCACCCCACCCACCACCCCCAUCGCCACUACCGCUCUCAUCACUCCCACCUCAAAUGUCCCAGUCACUCCACACACAGACCACCUCCGUCGAUAGUAUAGGUUCCUGCUCACUUGACGUCAAUGCUACAGGCACCACAACUCCCGCCACCAUGGAAGUUUUGGACGGAUCUGAGCACAGCCUUCGCAGUGUUAGUCUUGAACACAAGCUUUCUGAGGUAGGGGAUAGCGACGUGGUGACCCCAACCCGACCAAUCCUUCGACCCCAGCCCUUCACUGACCCAGGUCCACCCCCAAGGGAUUCCUUCAAGACCCCAUCAUACCUGGGCAUCUCCUGUGCUGUUAAUGGCUACAACAGGCUGAAUAGGUAUGACUCCACCUUAAGGGAAGGAUUUCGUUCCCGGGACGCCAGUCCAGCUCGUUUAGCCUUCAGCAGAAGCAGGGAUUCAAGUCCUAUGCGCCCUGAAUGGAAGGGCUUUGACUACAGAACAAAGGUCUCACCUCAAGCUACAGCUGCCAAAAUUAAAGAACUGAAGGAGGAACUUGCCAGAUUUAAGGAAGAGUUCCCUCAUCCACCUGGAGAACGUGGUCGGCAAAACAUUUCUAAAAGACUUGGGCGGCGGCCAUCACAGGGUCGCAGCAUAAGUGUUGACCGAGGCUACCUCACCAAGUCCACCUCACAGGGCACCAUGAACGGCCUUGACACCCCCAUCGCCAGCCCAGGACGCAUAGUGGAGAUCACCAUGACUGACAAAAGCUCCGUCAAGUCCUCCAGCUACCAAUAUUCAUAUGAAGAGAGGACUGUGAGGAGUAAUGGUUCUGAAACCACAAGCACCUAUACUUGCACCACACAUGCUAAUGGAGACACACCUGACAAGUCUUUCAUUCAGUCAAGAAUUGAGCGACUGUAUGGACCCGGUGCUCUUGGGAGUGGCUUCCGCAGUCGCCGGUCCCUUCUGGAAUUGGAGAAAGAACAGAAAGACAGAGAGGCAGCAGGACACAGGAGUCCUUUGAUUGCCCCACACAGUGACAGCCACUAUGACCCAGAUGCCCAGGCCCCAGAAGGCUUCCCCAGUGUGUUCAGGCAUCUCAGGCCAGAAUUUCGGACACAGUUACAAGUAAAACGUAACUCAGGCACACCUAAAACUUGUCUUUCUCCCCAACCUCUAUCUCCCAGUCAAGUGGAGUCUCCCAAGAGGCCUGGUCGGGUUAUUCCUAUCACUCUGACAGACACAUGUGAGAGAAAGCCUUCCAAACCUCCAGUGACUCCCAAGCCUGAGCUGCCCAUCAGUAACGACAUACAACGAAGCAAUGUAACCAGGAGGGAAAGCAAACCAAUGGUGGUUCAAAAGAUUGUCAAUGGUAACGGAAAUAUUGAGGAGAUAGAAGUGACUGUAGAUAAAGAACCUAGUGUUAAUGGUAGUGUUGAGCACAAAGUGAGUGAGGAUAAAGUACUAGAGGAUUCUGUCGUCCGGACUAGUAAAGUGAACGGUGUUCCUGAGUCAGUGAAAGUGAAUGGUAUCGUGUCUGAGGAUGUAGAACAAAAAGAUGGUCAUUAUUUCUUAAAGAUAGUAGAUGAAGUUAUUCGUGAAAUUGAACAAAAAGUUGCUCAAAUAGAAUCCUACCUGGAAGCAAGUGGAAGUGAAAUGAGUGAGGAGGUGAAGGGCAAGGUACUGGCAGCUGUUGGCAAGGCAAGGCUCUUGAUCUCCCAAAAGAUUCAACAAUUUCAGGGCCUGUGUCACAAAAACAUUAAUACCUCUGCUGAUGAAGAAUUCCCCACUACCUGUGAAGAUCUUGCUGGCUUCUGGGACAUGGUAUCCAUACAAGUAGAGGAUAUCAGGCAGUCUCUAAAGGAAAUAGAGACCCUGCGGUCCAAUAACUGGCAGGAGAGGGUGGGCACAGAUACCAUUGAUGGAGCAGAGGUGGUGGUCAGCACUGGGAAGGCACGAAGGAAGCCAGCACCUCGCCCCUCCAGGCCAGCCAGGUCCACAAAGGCCAGUGUGGAGAAGAGUGAGGAAGGGAAGACCAGGGAUGAAGCAAGGAGGAAAAUGAUAGAGGAGAGACGCAAGGCAAUGAAGGAAGCAAUGAAGGCCAAGAAAGCAGAGGCUGAAGCAAAGAAGGGGGAAGCUGGAGAGGAUGCAGUUGAAAUAUUUAUUCCUGAGGGAAAGUAAGAAUUCUUUCAUAUGUGACUUUGUCCUUUGAUAGAGACUUAAUGUGUCACAUUUUGACUUAACUGCUGUCUCCAAUGUGAGUGCUACAAACUCAGCUUUAAUGUUUAUGUUGUAUGUGUAUGCAUAGACAUACAUCUGUUUGGUUAUAUUUUUUUUAAGUGUGUGUGUGUGCGUGCAUGCAUGCGUGCGUGCACGCAUGCAUGCUUGUGACGACAGAACGUUUGUUGGACACAAUAUUGAGCAGAUUAAGGGUCCCUGGCUCAAGGAAACUUGAUGCCACUCUGGUGAUAGGUACUUGCUUAGUCAUUGAUAUAGUUGAAAAUGAUAUUGAAUGCUAUUUUAUAAUGUUCUUUGGUAGACUUUAGGUGUUAUCAAAGAAACACUGCUCAAGUUAAGGUAGGGAGGGGAAACCACUCUGGAAAUAAAAGAUCUAUACAUGAAUUAUACAUAUACAUGUAAUCACCUAUUUAGGAAAUUUGAUUUUUGAGCAUAGAUAUAUAAUGGAUGAACUUUUCUCGACAUACCAUUUUCUUUUUUCAUAUAAUUUUAGUGGUUAAGCUUUUUUAGCAUCAAAUAUUGUUCUUGUGUGUGAUGGAUGCCUUAUGCGGUGUGUGGCAUGACCAGGAAAAGGCUUGUUCCUUGCUGCAUUACUCACACUUGUUUUACAUAUGACAGGUGGUCAGAUAAUACAGCAUACAUUAUGAAAGCUUAACCAAAUGGAAUAUCCUUUGCAGUCCGUGCUAUAGGUUAUUUAGAGUUUUUAUUUAUUCUUUGUUUAAUUUUUUUCACAUUAUAUAAGAAUAAAAUUAUUUUAUACUUGUUCUUUAUUUUACACUUGUUCUUUCCUCUUAUUUUCAUGCUUUCUCACCACUUGUUCUUGGCCAGUUUAUAUUUGUAUUUUUUUUUCUUUCCUUACUGAGAAGCAUUUAUAGUGUACAACAGUGUUGCAAUCCAAAGGAUCUUUUGUCGUAACUGCAUUUUAAUACACUGAUUUAUUGCUAGGUUUUAUUGCUAGGUUCAUCAUGAGUCAUUGCUAGGUUCACCUUAAAUCAGGUCAUAGCAUAAGUAGCAUUGCAUGUAUCAUAUCCUGCACAGACUUGCAACUUCUCAUUAAAUUGUUUUCAUAGCAUUUUGAUACAUGAUGGUGUUUGCACAAGUUUUCGUAGAACUUACACUACUUUAACACUUUUUUUAUACACAAGUUCUGUAUUUACUGCAGAAACCAUCAUCAUUUCAUAGUCACAUUAGAGACAUAACAGCUGCUUUACAAAAUGGAAUAAAGAUGUAACUGGCUUUUCUAGCUUAAAAAGCCAAAUACAUCUAGUGUAUUAUUGUUCUUGCAGGUUAAAAGGUCUUCCUUAACUUAUAGAAUAAAUUCAUAUCUGUGUUUUCAUUGUCAAUAGUGAGUUUAUCAACAAAAGCCUGUUUUAUAACAUGUAAUUCUGCUAAACACAUUUUUUAAGGAGAUGGUGGCUUAGUGGAAGCAACUCAUGGUGCUUAAUGGAAGCAGCUCAUGAGAACAGUACUGCUGAUGUAGUAGCAGCUUUGUGGGAGGAUCUGAAAGUAAACCAUGUAACUAAUGAUGCACUGUGAAGUGAUGCAUGUAUAUUCCAAAUUCAGAUAUCGUACCCUUUCUGAGAGAGAGAGAGAGAGAGAGAGAGAGAGUAUGAUGAUUGUGGUAUGUAAACAUACUAUGGGUUUGUGGAUCAAGAGAGGGAGAUGGAGAGUCUACUAUAUAAUUUUCAUUUAAAUUAGAGCUGCAAUUACCAAAUGUAUAACUGAAUAAGGAAAUGACUACCUCCUCAUUUUUCCAAAAUGAUGUUUCCCCAAUGAUUUGAAUGGAUGUAAAAAAAUUGUCACAAAAAAAACGUGAGCAUUCUGCUGUGUAAAGAUUUCUUUAGAAUUUACAAAUUGAUUGGUACUGACCCCAAUAUAUGAGCAGCUAUGGGAGGUGACUCAGCUUGGCUCCAUACUUGUCCUUCAUCACUUCAUUUAACUGAUAUUAUCAGUUAAAUGCAUCCCGCAAGUAUUGGAGAUUCAUUUAAUAAAAGCAACUUGAAUUAUAAAUCCUGAAUAACAUUUAGUUACAUUUUAAUGGCAAUUGCAGCUUUAGUUUAAGAGUAUCUAUUUAUUAUGGCAAUAUAUAUUUAUACUUGGCAGUGACAAUCAAUGUUAUAUAAUCAUGUUGGAACAUAUUCUUGAAUUAGGUUUUCAAAUUUGUCUUGUUUAGCAGAUAAUUGUUUACAGAAAAGGGGACAACACUGUUUUAAGAUUUUUAUGCCAUCAGAAAUGUGCCUUGCCUCUUCCUGUUUAAGUGAAGAAUUUUAAACUAUUCCAUUUAUAUAUGCUUAAUUGGAUAUAUUGAUUCUACAUAUGUGAAUGUUUUUUGUGCAGUUCUUGGGUUAUGGCAGCUGUUCAUGUUUAUGUAAGCUUUUAUACACCAAAUGUUAACAUUUCAUUAACAUUGAGAAAAAUAUACAAUGUAUAUAGUUGGGCCACUGAAUUAUAUGAAUUUAAACCUG